UCGAAGAAAGGGACGCAAAGCGUGAUUGUUGAAGAAGCGACAGUUGUAAAGGAAGAGGAGCCACGAGGGCCCGCGAGGAGACUGAAGAAGAGGGAUUUCGCGCGAGACUGCCGGGGGUUGUUGCCCAGCCCCGGGAAAGCGGACAUCAGGCCCGGAUGUUCGCAAGAACGAGACGCCGGAAACGCUGUCACGUUGGAAGGGAAAAUAUUGACGGCCGUCAACAAGUUCCUUACGACAUCCCCUUUGGUUAACAAAGUCAAGUUACUAAUGACGAGGCAGAGCAGCGGGACGAUAGGGAGCAACGAGGAGCAAGAAGGGACGAGAACGAGCAGCUGUUCCCCGAGGACGUCGUCGGCCACGACGAUAACGAUGACGAUGACGACCACGCCGACAACGCCGACAUCGACGAUGACAGUCACGUCAAUGACGCCACCGUUCGUGCCCGCGGAAUCGGAGCCAUCGAUAUCGUCCGUGGAACAGCAGCAAUAUCGUUGGCCAUGGCAACAGGCUCAGUCCUAUGCGAGGACCUGCCCGAUCACGGCUACAUCGUCCACCGCGUAUUCGACGUCGGCUUCGUCGUCGACGGAAACCGAAUCCAAGCUGGCGGCGAACGUCCUCUUCUCUCUGCCCGCGUCGCCGCAAAGAUUAGCCACCCUAUCGGCCAGCAAAACGCCUAGCAUUUCUAAAUCUCAAAUGAAAGAGUUCAGAGAGGCUUUCAGGCUGUUCGACAAGGAUGGAGAUGGGAGCAUCACGAAAGAGGAAUUGGGAAGGGUGAUGCGUUCACUGGGACAAUUCGCGAGGGCUGAGGAGCUGCACACGAUGCUCCAAGAAAUCGACAUCGAUGGAGAUGGAAAUGUCAGCUUCGAAGAGUUCGUGGAAAUCGUGAGCAACAUAGGUGCCAACGAAACCGCCCCCACCGACCAGGACCAGGAGGAACAGGAGCUGAGGGACGCGUUUCGGGUGUUUGACAAGCAUAAUCGUGGGUACAUCACUGCGUCCGAUCUGCGAGCAGUACUGCAGUGCCUCGGUGAGGAUCUUUCCGAGGAAGAAAUCGAUGAUAUGAUCAAGGAAGUGGACGUGGACGGGGAUGGUCGGAUCGAUUUCUACGAAUUCGCUCACGCGCUCUGCGAGCCAGGGCCCGAAGAUGACGAGGAGGACGACGAGGACGAGACCCUGUCCCCUGGCUACUAACGAUUUUAAAUAAUUCUCGUGUCUGUGUUAGAUAGCCGAACGCGUCGGCGGACCGUCGCGUUCGCCGCACUGUUUUUCCUCCUCUAACAUUCACUUCGCUGCAUCUAUGACACUGUCGGCAAUAUCGUGUUAAAUGAUUAUUUUUCGAAACGUCCGUAUCGUCUAUUCUCGUUCGUCGAACAAGAAACGAACAUAUGUAGAAUGGAUUUGAAAAAGGUGGAGGUUGAAAGUUCGCGCCGACGCGGGAACUGAUUUCGUUUCGACGCAACAGGGUGUACCAUCGUCUGAUCCAAACGGUGACCGUAGCGCCGCUUUUAACACGGCUCGGUCACGACUAUUAUCAAAGCCAGGGGACCGUUUCGACGAGCUCUAAUCUAGCACCUAUCGAUUAAGAUUAAUAGAUUAAUACGCCUGGUGUGAUUUUAUGUUACCCCCUUUAAAACCGCGUCCGUUCAUUAUUGUCGUUUUCCCCUUGACAAUUGGCAUCGACAAAUGUAAAUUACAUUUACUUUUACUAUCUAUGUAAAAGAAUUUUUACUUGUUUUGAUUUAAUUCCUGUACUUUUGCAAGUAAGAACAUAAGCAGAAUAUAAAAUAAAUGGAGACUUCGCGUAACAUAAAAUCCCAGCAAGCGGGCACGUCGUCUAAUUUCCUUCGUUAACUGUGUUAAAAAAUAUUUACGAUAAAUCUACGUGAACAUUGCUCGAUUACUCAGAAUAAUCAAGAGAUCAGCCAGGGAGACGGAGAGGCGAUCGUUAAAAAGACGAUGCUCUUGACUAUAGAUUAAAAAAUGCACAUAAACGUUCAACAAAAUGAUAGAUAUAUAAUUGUAACGAUACAACGAUUGUGCUCCUCUCCUGAAGCGCUGAUUCCCUCAACGAUUUAAUUAAAUCACUGUCUAAGUCAUGUUCGUGUCUCGAUCGCCCGUGUCAAUGUAAAAAAAAAAAAUGAAACCAUAGCGAUCGAUUUAUUCUCGUGAGAUAUGUGGAUUUUCGAUUUUAAUCUCUCUCUCUCUCUCUCUUCCUCUUUAAUCUAAGUCACACUAUUCUCUAAUGUUAAUAAUUGUUAAGAACAAACAGCACCGCAGCAAACUCGAUACGAUUGCAUCGCGUUACAACGCAAUGUAACCAGAGAGCGCGAGAGCUACUCUAGGACCGCAUUCUCACCAUUUCGAAGACCGCUGCGACGAAAAGCGCAUGAUGAAACGACGGAAACUUUACGCUUGCAUUUUUCGAAAAACAACUAUUGGUGGCGCGGAUCUCGGACGAUUUCCCCCUAAUUGCUCGUCGACUUAUUCGCGGGAGGGGACGCUCAGAGGCCGCGGGAAUGGAACUGCGAAUUUUAAAUGACUCUUGAUCGCUUUGCUCUCCUUGAGCUUCGUACUGUGUACCUUAUUAACGAUAUCUCACUGUUACGCCAAAUAAACAAGAGCCGCACGCUGUUUCAAAUAUUUUAAUAGGUCUAAUAAAUCCAAUAAACAAUGGUGUA